AUGUCUUCUUCUACCGACCUAGCUGCUACUAUGCGUUCUAUUUUGGACGGCGACCACCAGCUCAGCGCUGAGUUGAGUACUGCUUUAGUAUCUCUGGGCUCAGCAGUCAAUCAACUAAGGAUCCAGCAGGAUGCCACCGUCAAGGAACUUGAACUGGUACGCAGAAUGUGCCGUACCAGUUGGUUAUUGGUAAUUAAUUUACCACUACCAUUUGGGCAGUCUAAGAGUCAAUCUUUGCAACUUUUAUUCGAAAAGAUCGGAUACUCGAAGCCUCUUUUCGAUUCGGAAAGGGAUCUCAUAGCCGCGGAUAUUUUAUACGUGAACAAGAAUGGUUCUUGUAAUAUGGCACGUCACCACGAUUACUUGAUGAGCGCGGAUUUUCAACGUAAAAUCGUUGCCUACAAUCAAAAAAUUGCUAGAGGUAUGUGCUCUAAAAACUCUGGUACCACUUAG